AAAUUAAAAUUAAUACGAUUUUUUUCAGAUAAAAUGUUCUGGUUAAUUUCUUGGAUUGUUUAUUUAUUUGGACUUCUGCCUUUAGGAUUGGUUGCUCUUAUUUCUUGGAAGAAGCUAAAAGGAAAGCCUGAGAGAACGCUUCAAAAACCAGAUUGGAAAAAAGAUGUUGUUUAUCUUUUUACUUUUCCUUUGGUUCCUUCUGUCAGAUCUUUUUCACCCUUCGCCUUGAAACUGGAAACCUGGCUACGUGUCGCAGGAAUUAAGUACGAGGUUGUGUACACUAUGAAGUUCUCUAAGAAGGGUCAAAUACCGUACAUAGAGUUAAAUGGGGAAGAAAUUGCUGAUUCAAAUAUUAUCAUCAAAACUCUUAAAUCUUACUUUAACAAGAAUCCAGAUAGUCAGUACUCUAUGACCGACCUAUCCCUGGCUCACUCUGUGACCUCUAUGGUGGAGAACCAUACUGCCCUUACUGGGUUCCAUUACAGAUAUGGUUACAAGAUGAAGGUUAUUUAAUAGGAAAAAGAACAU